AGUUUGACUUGGUUCUGGGUCCGGAACCAAAUUGUCACCAUGUUGCUGAAGUCGAUCGCGGUUCUCUCUUUGGUCGCCGUCUGCAGCGGUGCCGGCAAACUCGACAACGUUUUUGAAUGGAAAGAACUGAGCUUUGCCUGGCCCAGCGAAGGCGCUAAGAACGACGCCAUCAAAUCCGAAGCCUACGUCGCCGCCAACAAUUUGCCACUGGGAUUGGACAGAUGGAAGGAUAAGCUCUUCGUCACUGUGCCCAAAUGGAAGGCCGGAGUCGCUUCCUCCCUCAACUACGUCAACAUAAGCAACCCAAAUAAAACUCCGGACCUGAUACCAUAUCCAAGCUGGCAGGCUAAUACGAUUCCCGCUGGAAAAGACGUAAAAAUAGCCGACGAUCAAAUCGUUUCCACCUUUAGAGUGCGCGUUGAUGAAUGUGACCGCCUUUGGGUCAUGGACACUGGACUCGAAGACAUUUUGGGCAACCCAAGACAAGUUUCCAAACCUGCCAUCGUCGUUUACGAUCUGACCACCGAUAAAUUGAUCAAGAGAUAUCCUCUCAAGGAUUCCGACCUUAAGGAAGACUCAUUCUUUGCCAAUAUCAUCGUCGAUGUGAACCCUGACAAAUGCGACCAAGCCUUCGCUUAUUUGCCUGAUUUGGGUGGUUAUGGAAUUGUCGUUUAUUCUUGGGAGAAAAACGACUCGUGGAGAGUCAAACACAACUUCUUCCAUUUUGAUCCAUUGAAAGGAGAUUUCAACGUUGGUGGCGUAAACUUCCAGUGGACCGACGGAGUUUUCGGACUCGCCCUUGGUCCCAAAGAAGAUCACGGUUAUCGUACUUUGUACUUCCAUCCUUUAGCCAGCACUAAAGAGUUCUCAGUUUCGACUCAAGUACUCCAGAAUCAAACUCUGGCUACCGACCCACAUUCUUACCAUUUGUACACCAUUGAAGGUGACAAAGGCGAUUUGACCCAAUCAUCGGCGUCAGACUUCGAUGAGAAGUCGAACGUGCUCUUCUUGACACAACUGAACAGGGAUGGAGUGGCUUGCUGGAACCCACGACGUAAACUGAACUCGGAAAAUCUUGAACUUGUCGCCGAAGAUAAAGAUCAGCUUAUCUUCACCAACGACUUAAAGAUAGACCGUGAAAGAAACCUUUGGAUUCUGUCAGAUAGGAUGCCUGCCUUCAUAUAUCGCGGUUUGGAUCCCAACCAAGUGAACUACAGGAUUUUCAAAAUUAAGGUUGACGACAUUAUUGCCGGAACUAAAUGCGUCGCCUAAAUUUUUAUUAUUUAUCACCUAUACUAGGUUUAGUUUUAUAUUGUAAAUUUUAGAUGAGUGAAAUUCACUGAAUAUUUAAAUUUUUUACAAUUAUUAAA